AAGUUGUGAACAGAGUUUAAAAGCUGCUGCAGGACUGCAGACAUUCACAGGAAGCUGGACCAGCAAUGGCUCUGCUGAAGGUUCUGCUGCUGCUGCUGGGGCUGGGUGUUUCAGUGAACUCAGGUGUUUCUAUGCAAAAGAGAAUGAUUGGAGGUAAAAACUGUGAUGACAGGGAUCAUCUUCAUUAUGUUCGGCUGGAGAGCAGCAGGUCUAGUAAUGAAAGGAUCCGCUGUGGAGGAUCUCUGAUCCAUCCUCAGUGGAUCCUGACUGCAGCUCACUGCUGGAAGUCAGGGCCAGGAUGGACUAACACAGCAGUGUUAAAAGUUCAUCCACGGACUGCUGGGCAGCAGAUUCAGGUAAUCCAACAAGAUGGUCUGAUUUAUACGCGCUUCGGCCGGCAGCAUGACAUCAUGUUGCUGAAGCUUUGGAGACCAGUAAGAAAUGUCCAACCUGCCCAGCUGCCAGACUGCAGGCGUCGUCUUAGAAAAGGCGAUGUUGUUCAGCUGGCAGGAGAGGGAGCAACGACGACCGGCCCCAAUAAUAAGCGAUUGAUUGGUGCUCCUAUUCCAGCACAUCUUCAGUGUGUCAACAUGAAAGUUCAUCAGGUUUCAGACAUCCUGCCGGCACGUGGGCAUUUAUUCUCUGCUGGAGCAAACAACAAGGAUAUUUGCCAUGGCGACGAUGGUGGAGCAGCGAUGCACAACGGCAUGAUUUAUGGAGUAAUUUGUACUGGUGGAGCAAACUAUGCAUGUUGGAGACGUGUUGCAUUAAUGGAUGUGUGUGAAUACUUGGGGUGGAUAAAACAAAAAACUGGACUUGAAUAAAACAAACUAUCAUGAAAUAAAAUUUUCAAAUUUCCUCUCACAUGUAAUUUUAUAAUUGUAUUUUUAUCAGUUUCAUCCACAUGUUUGUAGUAUUAGAAUAUAUUAAUAGUUUUGUUUUUUCCCACCUGAUCUUCACCUCCCUAAUGGAGCUUUCUCUUCACCUCAGAAAUGAAAAAUAAAUCAAUAAAUGCAUGAAAAAGAAACAUU